AUCAGAUUUUUUACAUUCAGGAAGACCAAGUCUCAGAACUUUCAUGCUAGAUAGGGGUGAACUUUCAACUAAACAUAAAAAGUGGCUCAACUUUGCAGGUUAAUCUGCAAACUGAAAAAUCUUAUUUUCCUUCCUUUCAGUGAUCAGAAAUGCAGGUUCCACAGUUGAUCUUAGACACUCUGGAUGAGUUGUGUGCUAAUGAUUUCAAAAGGUUUCUGUGGAACCUCACUCAGCCAGUGCUGGACGGAUGUCAGCCCCUUCGUAAGGGCCACCUAGAGAAUGCAGACCGGCAAGACACUAUGGGUAAGAUGAUAGACAGCUACGGCGAAGAGUCAGCUGUAAACAUCACAAUCCAAAUCCUGAAGAGGAUAAACCACAACAAUGCGGCAGAGAAGUUAAAGAAAGAAUAUGCAGGGGGAUCAACAGCUGGGCAACCUCCCUCCUCAGCCUCCUCUUCCUCUGGUGUGGCUCCUCCUGCCGGUUCCUCAGUUUGUGCCCAGGGUAGAAGCGUUAUCGUGGCUCCACAUAUCGACGGCAGCAGCGCUGGUGUAUCAAUUAACAUGAACAUAAAUACACAGUAAAUGUCUCUGUUGUUGAUUUUUAAUGGUUUUACACCGCAUUCAAAUUUGAUCAAAUCGUCCAUGUUGCUUUAGGCCUACUUUAAACUAUACAGCCUGUGUAAAGAUGAAUAGCCUAAAUCACCACUGGGGUUUCUUUACAGUUAAAGUUGAUUCAUUUCUGCAGACGUUUUUAAAAACUGUACUUAAAGUAACACAAAUUUGCUCUUACAAAUGACAAGUUGAAUUAUAUGCAAUAAUAAACACGAGUUAUCUGAA